UUAGUAUUCCGGAAUUUCAAGGUUCAUUUUUGGUUCCGUAUGUUUAUGAUAUGUUGACUUCAUUAUUUCCGCCCAAGUUUCAGCUACACUUCUUCGCUCUUUUUCUACUUGUUUUGCCUGCUUUACAUGCUCACAGUCUUUUCACCAUUAUCCACAUAUUCUACAUAUUCAACAUGGUUAACUGGCUGUAACUAAUAAAGAGACAGCACAGUGAAAAGAUUACGUGUACAGCAUGUCCACAACUCACAACGCACUGUUGCCGACAGACGGUAGUGAGGGUAAGGAGCCCCGUGAGACAAAACUAACUGAAAAAGGAGAAGAAUACUAUAAGAACCAAAAAGACAUUCUCUACAGAAAACUCGAAUCAGCAAGUAAAAUCCUCAUUGAUUGCAUUGUUAACUCAGAACCAUUACCAAAGUCUAUCAGUUUAUUGGAAACUACAGAGGGAACUUUGCGAAGCACCUUUCAGCGUUACGACACUUGUGCAAACAACUACCUUGACUUUCUAUCACGUUCUCGAGAUCCCGAAGCAACACAAGAACUGGAGAAAUACUGGCCUGUCAUGACAGAUCUCAAAAAAGAAUUCAACACUUUGAUGGAAAAAAUCGACUUGAAAAAAGAGUCUGCUGAAAGUCAAUCCCACAGGUCUUCUAGAACAAAGACAAGUCGUUCAUCUACAUCAAGUGCAAGCCUUGCUGCUAGCAAAAGAGCCAAGGCAGAAUCUGAAAAAGUAAAACUACAAUUUGUGAAAAGAGAGACAGAAAUUAAGAAAGAACAGUUUGCAAAAACUUUACAACUGGAAGUUUUAGAACAAGAGAAAAUAGCAGCAGCAGCUGAUGCCGAAGCAUCUUAUCUUGAGAGACAAUUUGAUGAUGACAUAGUGAAUACGGCAGAGUCGGUUAAUCCACCGAAAGAAGAAAUGAGUCCUUUCGACAAGACACUGAAUUAUUUAGAUGGUCUAAAUUCUCCUGUGAGACCCACACAAACACUCUCGCCACAGGCUACACCAUUCAUACCAUUAUCUCGUGUUAUGCCAGGAGAAGUAGAAAGUUCUACCCCAGGAUUCAUCAAUCAAAGUGUUAAUCGAGGCCCGAUUGAUUCUACCGCACAUCAUCCUAUCACUCUGACGAGACCGGUGGACACAACAUUCCAUUCACACAUCCAGUGAACAAUAUCCACGAUACGUCUAACUUUCUCAUCAAGAAAAAUAUUCUUUUAGAAAGUUUUCAACAGCAGCAGUUCGAGGAUAGACCAGACAGGUACAUCGUGUGGAAGACUCAAUUCAAAAGCAUGGUUGCUGACAUCAAGUGUUCACCUCUAGAGGAGAUCUCUCUUUUAACAAACUGUAUUCGCAAGGACUCCGAUGCUUACAAACUAGUGAUGAGUGCAAGAACUUCAUGUGCAAGCAAUCCACUACAGUGUUUACACACAAUUUGGACCCGCAUGGAUGAGCGAUUUGGUUCAGCUGAAUUAGUGGAGGCUUCGUUGAAAGCUCGGCUCAUGGACUUACCUGACUUUACUGACCGUAAAAAGCUGUAUGGGCUGCAUGACUUGCUAACAGAAAUUGAAGCUGUAAAAAAUCUUAGUGAGUACAGAACUAUAUUCUCGUAUCUGGAUUCCUCUCUUGGGGUUAAGCCCAUCAUUCAGAAACUACCAAAGCAGAUUCAGGGGAAAUGGGUCACACGUGCCAUUAACUACAAAAAGCAACAUGCAGUGCUCUUUCCGCCUUUUACUGAAUUUGUUAAGUUCAUAGGAGAGAUGAGUGUCAUUAGGAAUGACCCUGGACUAAUUUAUGAAACACCAAAAGAGACCAGCUUUUUACAGAGAGUUGUGAAAAAGAACAAACCUGUGUCUGUGACUGCUCGUAAGAUGAACAUUACUGCAGAAAAUUCAAGAAGCUGCUUGAUCCACAAAGCAUCCAAACACUCUAUAAAUGAGUGUAGAGCCUUUCAAUCCAAAAGCCUGGAAAACAGAAAGACACUUUUACGCAAUCAUAACAUUUGUCUAAGAUGCUGUGAAACCUCUGAUCACUUCGCCAACAGGUGUCAGUAAAAGAUUU